CGCAGCCAGUGCCUAUGUGAACUGGCAUGAUGAUAUUUAUAAUUUUAAAAAUAACAUUACAUAUAUUAUCAACAUUUUAAGAUGCCGAGCAGUUGUUACAUUCCAAAAUGCAAAAAUACUACAAAAGGUGGUUUUCAUUUAUUUAGAUUUCCUUUGAAUCGACCGAACAUUUUAAAAAUGUGGAUCAAUAGCAUCGUCGAAAAUUUUAAACCAACAAAAAAUCAUUUAAUUUGUAAUGCUCACUUUAUAGCAACAGAUCUUAUGAAAAGACCUAAUGCAAGUGGUUUAUAUUUAAAAAAUCUUGCUGUGCUUUCAAUAUUUUUUAAGGCUUCUGCUUGGGUCAUUCCUCCUGUUCCUAUUUGUAUAAAUGUCAAUAUUCCUGUAAUUGAGCCGUGCAUUAUUUCUUCAACUAAGUUUGGUACUACUUUUACUUCUAUUUUUUCUGAUGAACAUACAAAGCUAAGAAAAAUCAUGAACAGUUCACUUUUAAGAUUAAAGAAGCAGGAAAUGAAACCAGAGGAAAAGCCGAUAUUGAGAAUGAUUAAAUCAUCAAAGCAGAAGUUAAUGAAAAGAGGAAAGAAAAUAGAUUUUUUAGAAAAAUUGAAAUAUCUAUGGCACUCGAAGUCUAGGAUCCAGGAAACUUAG